UCUAGGGACCACUGGCCAUUGGCUAAGGAGGGCUGAGGGGCGGGGCUCCUGCCGUUACCAGAAGCCCAUUGGGCUGAAGGUGUGAGGGAGGGGCGGAGGGCGGUCCUGGAAGACCUGCUGGGUGAUGCUCUUCCAAAACCUCUGGGAGCCGGCCUCUCAGGCCUCCAGCUAACCCAGCCGGUAGGGGCUGCGCAGGCGCCUGUCGAGCGCGGGCAGAAGCCCGGUGGACACCGACCGUUGGGUUCUCGAGGGGCGAGGGGGCGGCGCGCGCGCGAGGGAAGCUCACGAAGCCUGCGCGCCUGGCCUUGGGCCCCCGAGAGGAAAGAGCUCUUGCCAAGGGAGGUGUGGGACUUGGGCAGGCGCAGUCAUGCGUGACGCCGGCGGUUGCCGAGCCCCGCAGGCCAGAAGCUGGGGCCCGCUCCAGGGCAGGCUGUGGGCGGCGGCGGCGGCCGCGAAGGAGCAGAGCUACGAGUACGGCUCCGCGAGAUACCUGCUGCUGUGCGGCCUCGGAGGCAUGCUGAGCUGCGGGCUGACGCACACGGCCAUCGUGCCCCUGGACCUGGUCAAGUGCCGCAUGCAGGUGGACCCCGCCAAGUACAGGGGCAUCGUCAGCGGCUUCAGCGUGACGCUGCGCGACGACGGGCUGCGCGGCCUGGCCCGAGGCUGGGCCCCGACCUUCCUGGGCUACUCCCUGCAGGGCCUGUUUAAGUUCGGCCUCUACGAGGUCUUCAAGAUCCGCUACGCCGAGCUGCUGGGCGCGGAGAAGGCGUACCGGUGGAGAACCGGCCUGUACCUGGCGGCGUCGGCCAGCGCCGAGUUCUUCGCCGACGUGGCGCUGGCCCCCAUGGAGGCGGUGAAGAGCUCUCUCCAGGAAGUGCUACAAUUGGAUCAAUGUGGAAAACCAAAAUGAGAUGAAGGGCAGUCUCUGAGAAUAAAUAUGUAAAGAAAAGCCUCUGUUCUCUAAAAAUUUCUUUUAUACAACUCAGCUUUCAACAGCCAUCCAUCCAAAGAGGAUCAUACCACCCUGACAUUUAAACACACACACAUGAAACCCUGCAAUUCCAAUUUUUUGUUGAAUAUUAAAGAAUGGUUUUGGUGACUUUGGAAGGAAAAUCUCACUUUUAAUGUCACAAGUGACAUUCAUUUAAUUUGGUACAUGUUUCCAUGAUCUUUACAAUGGUUGAGGUUCAUAAAAUUUACUGAAAUUAUAAGGCACAUUUUCAGUUUUCUGUAGCCUUCACAUCUCUGCUUAAGGAAAUUAUAAAUUAGUGAAAUUCUGUGAAUUAGAGAUGUUUGUAGAAUAUGAGCAAGAAAUAAACUUCAAUGGGAUAUUUGCUCUAAUUUCCCAGAAUGUUACAUGUUAGCCUUAACUUGUAUUAAAGACUGCAAACUUAAAAGAUGUUGAUGUUUUAACUAUGUAAUAGCAAACUGUUCAGUGGUUAACAGAAGUUAAAAAGUGUCUAAAUUUAAGUAAGUAUAUUUGAACUGUCUUGACUGAAUAAUAAAGAACUUGGAGGAAAAAAUCA